AUACCAACUUACCAUUACACCCCUCGUAAUGCUCUUUUCUUUGCCUUUUGCCCUUCUCUCUCCUCCAUUGAAGAGCAUCGCUAUUUAACAGCCUUCGCGCUACCGCCCCAACCUUAUUCUCUCUCUCUCUCUCUCUACCCACUUCUUGCAAUUGCACCCCCUUCAAGAACGAGGAGAAUUCGAUCCCAAUUUACACCUUCGUGUGCAAGUUCACCGGCAAUUCGAGAGGCAGCAAUGGCGUCUCCCGCCGACGAGGCUCUCCCGGCGCUGCCGUCCAUCAAGACGGCGCCUUUGCCGCCCCCGCCGUCCUCCUCGUCCUCUCCGUCGCCGGCGCGGGACGGCGCAAAGGAGGCGGAGGAGGAGGACCGAGGGCCGUCGACGCCGACGUCGGAGGAGAGCAGGCUCCGGCCGCCCGCGGUGUGCCCGCCGGCUCCGCGCAAGCCGCCGGCGCCGCGGCUGCCCGCGCCGAAGCGGAAGCUGCCGCUGCCCUCGCCCUCGCCCGCGCGGGUGUUCGUCGCCGUCCCGCGCGACCUCUCCGCCGUGUUCCGGUCGCUGCCCCCCAAGAAGCGGAUCCGGGUGUCGUGAUGCCGUGAUCUGGCCGUAAUUUAUCAUGGCCUUCUUGGCUUUGUCGAUUUCUUGGAGAAUUCUUCUGAGUUCUUGGCUUCUUCUUCUUUUCUUUUAUCCUUGGGUUACUGGUAUCCACGACCAUGGUAUAAAUUAUAAUUUGCGGUUUAAAUAACGCAUUAUUUUUAUGUGUGUUUUAUUUUCUUCUUUUUUGUUGUGUUUGUGUGAGCGAGAAUUUGUUGCUCUAGAAUGAAUAUAUUGCUGUUACUGAAUGGAAGCAGUUCAAAUAAAAAAAGCCUGUAAGAAAAUCCACACUGA